CAAACCACAACGCUCCCAUCUCUUUGCACUUUCUCUUUUGCACUUUCAGGGUGUUUCGUUCGAAGCGAAUCCUGGCGAAACGGUAGCACUCGUAGGGUCAAGUGGUUGCGGAAAAAGUACCAUAAUCCAGUUGUUACUGCGAUACUACAACCCCGAAGACGGGAAGAUAGCAAUAGAUGGAGUGGAUAUUGACAAAAUCAAUAUUGAAUUCCUCCGAAAUUACGUUGGAGUGGUAUCACAAGAGCCGAUGCUUUUCAACACAACAAUUGAACAGAAUAUCCGCUAUGGACGUGAAAAUGUCACAGAUGCAGAAAUUACUGCGGCUCUUCGCAAAGCAAAUGCCUACAACUUCGUGCAGUCAUUCCCUGAUGGAAUCUACACGAACGUCGGUGACCGCGGAGCCCAAAUGUCCGGUGGCCAAAAGCAACGGAUAGCCAUAGCCCGUGCUUUGGUCAGAGACCCGAAAAUUCUUCUCCUCGACGAAGCCACAAGUGCUCUCGAUGCUGAAAGUGAACACAUCGUUCAACAGGCGCUUGAAAAUGCAUCCAAAGGAAGGUAUAUCUGCUCAUAUCGGCCUGUCGACAAUCCGAAUGCUGACCACGAUUAUGCAAUGAAGAAAUGA